AAGAAAAGAAAAAUUUAAAAGACAAAAACAGUGUCAAGGCAACGACCAAGCCUCUCAAAAUAUUCUGCGAACUCGACAGAGAGGAAGAAUCGCCACAAAAGAAGAAAGCUUAAGAAGCAAGAUAUUGAUUUCUCCCUAAUUCUUUUUUUUUUAUUCCUCUUCACACGUCUUCGCACCAUUCUUCUUAUAUAAGAAAAAGAACUCUGGUUUAGACUUUUGAUUUCAUUAGUGGCAAACUGAUAAAGUCAAGAGCUUUUGCUUUCCAGGUUAUCUGUCACCCAUUUCACAUUCCUCUUCCUCUUCUGCUCCUCUUGAUUGUGUUUGGUAUUCGAUCGAAAGUUUCUUUGGUUUUGUUGCCUGUUUCUCUGUUUUGAGUUCAGGUGAAUUUCGGUGGUCGCUUGAAACUCUGUUCUUUAAAAAAAUGGCUGAGAGGAACUGGUUGGUUUCCUUAGAGGAUCUCCCUUCUCAUUUGAUCUUGGAGGUAUUAACCUCUGGCCGGCUUAACGCUGUUGAUCUACUUAGCCUCGAACUGACCUCUAAGGUUUUUGGAGGGAGCUCUGGAUUGUUGUACCCUUUGAAGUUCAGAUCACUAGCUGAUUACGCUGCGUCUCGGCUUUGCUAUGUGCAUCCUGUGUACGCGGGAAUGGGUUUGGCUACGCAGAAAGAGCUCUUUGCUAACUGUGAGGGGAACUGGAAGCGGCUUUUGAGGUUCUUGCAGUCUGUGGAUCAAACCUCUGCAGGCAAUAUGCAAGUUACAACAGGGAGGUAUCACACGUUGCUAAUCAACAACUCAAAGGUUUACUCUUGUGGUUCGAGUUUAUCUGGUGUGCUUGCUCAUGGCCCAGAAACUACUCAAUGUGUAGCAUUUACUCCUAUAGAGUUCCCCUUCUCUGCUAAAGUUGCUCAGGUCUCAGCCACACAGAACCAUUCUGCUUUUGUAUUGCAAUCUGGAGAGGUUCUCACAUGUGGGGAUAACUCAUCGCAUUGCUGUGGUCACUUAGAUACUAGCCGUCCAAUUUUUAGGCCUAAGCUAGUUGAGGCUUUGAAAGGAACUCCUUGUAAGCAGGUUGCUGCGGGGCUGCACUUCUCUGUGUUUCUAUCAAGGGAAGGGCGUGUGUUCACAUGUGGAUCAAACACACAUGGACAGCUUGGUCAUGGCGAUACCUUGGACAGUCCAGUACCCAGAGCUGUUGAAUUUUUCCAAAGCGUUGGCCCUGUGGUGCAAAUUGCAACGGGACCGAGCUAUGUGCUAGCUGUGACGCAGGAUGGCUCGGUUUACUCCUUUGGCUCUGGUUCUAGCUUCUGUCUUGGUCAUGGGGAGCAGCAGGACGAGCACCAGCCACGUGUUAUUCAGGCUUUUAAAAGAAAAGGUGUUCAUAUACUUCGUGUCUCUGCAGGGGAUGAACACGCCGUAGCACUUGAUUCAAAUGGCCGUGUUUACACAUGGGGUAAAGGUUACUGCGGUGCUCUAGGCCAUGGAGACGAAAACGACAAGAUCACUCCUCAAGUUUUGGUCAGUCUCAACAACUGCCUUGCUGUCCAGGUGUGUGCAAGAAAGAGGAAGACGUUUGUAUUAGUGGAAGGUGGAGUGCUGUAUGGGUUUGGGUGGAUGGGUUUUGGAAGCCUUGGGUUUCCGGAUAGGGGAGUUUCAGACAAAGUCCUGAGGCCGAGAGUGUUGGAGAGUCUGAAACCACACCGUGUCUCUCAAGUUAGCACCGGUUUGUACCACACCAUUGUUGUCACUGAAGGUGGUCGCAUAUUUGGUUUUGGAGAUAAUGAAAGAGCACAGCUUGGUCACGACUCACUUCGUACCUGCUUAGAGCCAACCGAGAUCUUUCUCCACUGUGGCCAUUCUCGUAGUCAAGUUUGUUGAUCCUAAACGUAAAUAAACAAUUGUAUGAACUGGAUUGAGAUUGGAUUAACUGGUCAGUGUAUUUUGUAUGAUUUUGUAUCAGUUUGAUUUUUUUUUUGUUUUUUGAGUCAUGAGAUUGUAUCAAAGAUAUUUCGGGUUUUGUGGAUCGUAAAUACUUCUGGUGUGAAUUAAGCUUGUUUUUAUA